GUUAGCUAGAGCUGUGUAAUGCCAGAACAUUCACGAGUCAUCUAGAGCUCCAGCACCAGAACAAUCAUGAGUCUGCAAGAGCUGUGUAAUGCCAGAACAAUCAUGAGUCUGCUAGAGCUCUGUAAUGGUAGAACAAUCACGAGUCGGCUACAGCUGUGUAAUUUCUGGUGUACACUGCUUCUUAUUUUUGUUGUCUGACUGGCUCAUUAUGCAGAGAGCUCCAUGAUAAUGGUAAUAAUAAUAAUAUUUUAUUUUCUGAGGGAUAUGAGGUAGUUACAAAACCCCUCAUGCAUACACACAUUCACACAAAAAGUUAAUUACAUGUAUGUAUAUACAAUAUAUAUAUAUAAAAUACAGAUGAAACUGAGAUAUGAUCACCGACUAUAUGCAGUGUAGUGCAUCACAGGAAGUUCUACACUUAAUCAACAGGGGCAUAAAUUUUGACAUAAUAAACAUUUCAAUUUUGUUUUUUUGUUUGUUUUUGAAAACAUUGACAUUCUGUUCUUGUCCGGCUAAUCGACCCCCGAUCUGUAAUAGGAGUAAGGUUUUGAACUUGAGUCCAAUCGUAGAUACAGAUAAUAAUGUAAUAUGGAUUGAUUGAGAGUACUUACUUAAAGCCAUGCUCAAGCAUUUAUUAUAUAUGACAAUAUAUGACAGAGGAAACUAGCCAGUGCACAGGAUAUAAACCAUCAGCUUCAGGCAAUUUACUGAGCCUAAGUGAUAUUUUAGGCUUUUAAGAGCUUUUAAGUACGUGAAUAAAAAACAUAUGUAAAGCAAACUCUUUUUAACCAGGUAAAUAAUCAUAUUUUCAUUUAAAUAGUUUGUUAGUUUUAAUGCAACUUGGUUUAGUUCGGGUGCCCAACAGUUCAGGAACCCAAAUGUUUUCUGAAACUAAAACAUCUACAGGUAUUGCCUUGACCUGACAGAAAAGGGAACUUCCUUGUUGAUGUUAAGGGAAAUGUCAUGAAUGGGUUUAUUUCCCAAAGUCAAAAUCAUAAUCUGCUUUCUGAACAACUACAGCAUAUGCCACGUGCUUUCAGUGGACAGCGGCAGAUGCAAAACACACCCUGAUUGGCCGAUACUCAGUGGUAUCGGCCAAUGGAGGGGUUCAAGCUGUCCAGCAAUGAAAUCCUAGUUCUGUACAUUGGAAUACUUCAUCACAGCGAAAUGGUUACAGACCUUGCCAUUAUUCUCAACUGAAUCUAAAUGGUUAAACAUGAAUUUGAUAUGCGAGAAUUCACCAGAAUCCAGUCCAAAUGUACUAAAUGUACCACAAGGUUGUGGGUCACUUCGGAGUCAGCAGACCUCUGGAUCAAACCCGUGUCCGGCCAUACCAAAGACUUGAAAAAUGGUACUUGUAGCUGCCUUGCCUGGCGCUCAGUACUGAGAGGCAAGGAAAUAGGACCAGUAAUGUGACAGGGUGGGGUGUCAUGUAUGGUGUCUUCGGCAUGAUACUUCAGUGGCGGCAGCACUUUGGCAGCCUGGACUGGCCGUGCCACAAGAAGACACAGUAAAUGUACACACAUCUAAUGACUCCUUCUCAUCAUAUUACCGCAGAAUUGUUAACUAUGAUGUUAAAUGCCAAGCAUUCAUUCGUUCAUUUAAUGCAUGUACAAGAAAACAGAUUUCGUGGAUUCCAUGUUAAUAACUUAUAUGGAAUGGCCUCUCCCUGCCACAAGAAUUAAGACACAGUAUAGGUACACACACUUAAUAACUCCUUGUCAUCAUAUCAGUGAAAAAUUGUUAAGGAUAACAUAAAACCCUCAGCCUACAUGCAUAUAUUCCUGAGCUGGGACACAUGAGGCAUUGGUUCAGUCAUGGCCAUGAACAGGGGAUUUGUACACUCCCCAGGCCUCCAUAUUCAUGGGGUCUUCAUUACAAUAAAGAAUCAGUGGCCUUUUGCCCAUCCAAAGGUCACUGGUUUUUAUCUCAUUCACUUUGGAUUCCUCCGCCAGUAAAACCUUGACACAAGCAGAAAAGUGUGAAAUUAUUCAGUAUGGAAUUUAUCAAUCUGCUAUCAAAUAAAAAAUUAAAAGUGUAUGUAUAAAAAGUCCAAAAUAACCUGUGCCUCGAAUUCUUAAAGGGUAACAGAGAACUGUGUAAACACAGAAAUGCCUUAAUUUAAAUGGCUUUUUUUUUUUUUCGUGAAGUGGGUUUUUGGAGACCCCCCACAUUUCGAUAUGUUCAUUUCAUAAAACCUCUUUCCAUUUUUUUAGGCUGCUCAGCUGUUGGACUUCAUGUAAGUUCGCACCAAACUAGUUUCUCACGAUUUUUUUUUUGUUCUGUUUCAGACCACCGCUCACAGGACACCGUUUACAUUGGUGUCCACUUCCCACGGCCUCGCGACCGGCGACAUCGUCGCCACAAGAAACACCACAGUCGCCACGCGCCAUCUGAAGCCAAUGAUCUGACCAAACCUCCCGAAGAUGAACUUAGUCGUUCAGCGACCCCUCCCUCACAGCGUGUCCAGUUUCUGCUCGGCGAUGAGGAAGAUGAAGAACACAGGGCUCAUGAUAUUUUUUGCGAGAUGGACGAACUUCAGGGUACAGGGGAAGAAAUGGAGUGGAAAGAGACGGCCAGGUGGAUCAAGUUUGAGGAAGAUGUGGAAGAAGGGGGAGAGCGCUGGUCCAAACCUCAUGUGGCCACGCUCUCUCUCCACUCCCUGUUCGAGCUGAGAUGUUCUAUCCUCAGUGGUACCGUUAUCCUCGAUAUGGAGGCGACCACCAUGCAGCAGUUGACAGAUCUGAUCCUAGACAACUUACUGGCCUCCAAGCAGCUUGAGGAGGAACUGAGAGACAAAGUUCGGGAGGCACUCAUGUGUCGCCAUCAUCACCAACACGAAAAACGACACAAACAGCGAGACGAAAAUGGCAGCCGGAUACACCUGCCCAUCAUCCGCAGUCUGGCAGACAUUGGCAAAAAGUAUUCUGAACCCCGUGGUCUAGUCUCACAAGGUGAGGAGAAGGGCAUAGGUUGUAAAAGUGUCCCGAACUUCCACCGUAGUAGCAGCAGUGGCGCUAGCCUAAGCGCACACGAUGGAGGACAUGGCACAGGGACCUUCCCUAACCUGCUGUCUGCUGAAACUGGAACUGCAGGACUUCAGCCGACGCAGUCGUUUGCUGGCGAUCUCACGGAAAAUGCGUCCUCACAUAAGAUAAAUUUGCACUUCAUGAAGAAGAUUCCACAAGGAGCUGAAGCCUCUAACAUCAUGGUUGGAGAGGUGGAAUUCCUCAACCAUCCAAUCACAGCCUUCGUCCGCUUGUCAAAGUCUGUUUUAUUGGCUGAUCUGACAGAGGUUCCUGUGCCGACCAGGUUCCUCUACAUCCUGCUCGGUCCUGUGGGGAAUGCUGGGAAAUAUCACGAGAUUGGACGCUCUAUAGCAACGUUAAUGUCAGAUGAGAUCUUCCACGAUGUUGCCUACAAGGCACGGAAUCGUCAGGACUUGGUGGCUGGCAUCGACGAGUUCCUGGACCAGGUGACAGUGCUGCCCCCUGGUGAGUGGGAUCCCUCUAUCAGAAUCGAACCUCCCAAGAGCGUCCCUUCACAGGAAGGACGUAAAACUGCCGGCACGACUCCUCUGCCCAACGGCAAGCUGAUUGAGACUGAAGAUGAAACAGACCACUGUGAUCCCACCCUCAUGCGAACAGGACGAUUUUUCGGGGGACUCAUAGACGACAUCCGGCGUAAAAUUCCGGUGUAUGCGAGUGACUUCAAAGAUGCGCUGCACAUCCAGUGUGCUGCUUCAUUCAUCUUUCUCUACUUCGCCUGUCUUACUCCCAUCAUCACCUUCGGGGGUCUUCUAGGAGACGCCACUAAACUAAAUAUGGCGGCCCUUGAGAGUAUCUUUGCUGGAUCAAUAUGUGGUAUAGUAUAUGCAUUAUGUGCUGGCCAACCUCUGACCAUAUUAGGAAGUACUGGUCCAGUGCUCGUGUUUGAAACCAUCGUUCACUCCUUCUGUUUUGACAACGGUCUGGAUUAUCUCAGUUUCCGUCUCUGGAUUGGUUUAUGGACGGGGUUAUUCCUGAUCAUCAUCGUGGCAUUUGAUCUGAGCGCUCUGGUGCGGUAUAUCACGCGUUUCACGGAAGAGAGCUUCGCGGCCCUGAUCUCGCUGAUCUUCAUUAAAGAGGCGCUAGCCAAAUGUAUUCACAUUAUCGACGAAACUCCGCCCCUCCUUCAUGGCGGCGUGCGCUGGAUUGACAACUGCUAUUGCGGACCUCCUAAAAACGCUACACAAGGGAUGACGAUGAACAUCUCUGUGUUCUGGUCGAAUCUCUCUGUGGAAGAGUGCAGAGAACUGAAUGGGACCUUAAUUGGAGACGGGUGCCGUUACGUUCCAGAUGUGUUUUUCUGUUCCGUUCUUCUGUUUAUUGGGACGUUCACGCUGGCAAUGGCCCUGAAGGCUUUCAGAAAUACACGUUUUUUCCCAACACGGGGCCGCUCCAUAAUAAGUGACUUUGCUGUGAUUAUCGCCAUCGUGUCCAUGAUUGGGUUAGACCUGCUCCUUGGUGUGGCCACGCCCAAGCUGCAGGUGCCAGACAAAUUUCAGCCAACCAACCCGGGGCGCAAGAGCUGGUUCAUUCACCCGCUUGGGAAAAACCCCUGGUGGACGAUUCUGGCAGCUGUGCUGCCCGCUCUUCUGGGUGGCAUCUUGAUCUUCAUGGAUCAGCAGAUCACGGCAGUCAUUGUCAAUAGGAAAGAAAAUAAAUUAAAGAAGGGGCAUGGUUACCACCUUGAUCUGAUGAUCGUGGCCACCUUGAUUAUCAUCUGUUCGAUUUUGGGUCUGCCGUGGUUUGUGGCCGCCACUGUCCUCUCCAUCACUCACGUGAUGAGUUUGAAAGUAGAAUCUGAGUGCACAGCCCCAGGGGAGAGGCCGAAGUUCCUGGGGGUGAGAGAGCAGAGAGUUACUGGUGUGAUGAUUUUUCUGACAAUUGGCCUUUCCGUAUUCCUGACAUCUGUAUUGCGGUACAUCCCUAUGCCCGUGUUGUACGGAGUCUUCCUCUACAUGGGAGUGUCCUCACUGAAAGGUAUGCAGCUUGUGAGUCGCACCCUUAUCCUGUUCAUGCCACAGAAGUACCAGCCAGACUACAUGUACCUGCGUCACGUGCGCACCAAGCGAGUGCACAUCUUCACCCUGAUCCAGAUUAUCUGCCUGGUCGUAUUGUGGGUCAUCAAGACGAUAAAGAGCAUCUCCAUUGCCUUUCCCAUCAUGGUAUUGGCCAUGUGUUUUGUGAGGAAAGGGCUGGACUGGAUAUUCACCCAGCGAGAGCUGAAAUGGCUGGAUGACAUCAUGCCGGAGUCUCACCGCCGCGCCAAAGAGGACCAGGAAAAGAUUGAUCAGGAGCAAUACUCGCUUAGGCAAGCCUUAUUGGAGAACAACAGUCUGCCGUUGUUCCCGAUUAACGGGAAUGUGAUGUUGCCCGUGGAAAAGUCUACUCUUACUAAAGAUCUCUCGGAAGAGGUGAACAUCUCCGAGGAAAUGUCCAAAACUGCGAUCUGGAAAACAAUCGUGGCCACAGACUCCAACACAAACAUCAGACAAAUGGAUGAAGUUGAUCACGGAGAAAACAAUAGCAAGAAGAAGAAGAAGAGGCACAGCAAGAAGUCAGAGAAACGCAAGGAGGAUAAAGCUCAAGGAGAGAACGGCGAGAAAUUACCCACAAUCCCUGGCAGUCCCAAAGAUCCUUCCUCUGAAGAUGCAGAUUCUCCAAAGACGAGAAAUCGCAAAAAAGGCGUCCCGGUUACCUUCUACAUAGAUGACGAAGAAAAAGAGCAGCUAAUUCGUCCUCCAGAAAUCGUCGUGGAUCCCCCUAGUGAUGCAGGCUCAUUGUUAUCAUCUCCGGUUGAGCCGGGUGACAGUAAGGCGUAACGCUGUGCGGUUUGCCUUGUAAGCUUUGCGCCUAGCUCCUUGAGCCAGAUCAAGGUAUUACUACGCUUGCUCUGUCUGUUGUGGUGGCCAGCGCGAUACGAUUCGCCACCAUGCUUUUCUUAGGUGACAAAAGCUCUGUUUCAAUUCUUUAGAUUUCUAUUGAUUCAUGAGCCGGGAUUUCUUGAAAGCUGUGUUUGAUCAGCAUGUUGGAAGUCCACAAUGCAGAAAUGAAGUGGACACCAUGGCUUGGAUAGAUGGUAUGCUAAUUAAUUGUGUAGGCUUCAUUUGGGCUCUUUUUUGUUUUUAUUCUCAUUCUUCAAAUUGUCCUUUGUAGCGGUGAAGUGAAAUUUAUGUUGCACGUUGUUCCAGUAGCACAGCAUGUGCUCAGUUUUAAGAUUAGGCAUAAAAAUGUCUUAAUAAGCAAACUAAACACUGUUUUCCACAAUUGUGCACAAGUAAGACAUUGAAUACAAGUUGUGCACAAGUAAGACAUUGCGCAGGGCAGUUGACAUUCAAUAAUUAUGAUUUAAUAGGCAAAUUAAUUAACGAGUUCCACAGACGUGCACAAGUGAGACAGUGUGCACAAGCGAAACAGUGUGCACAAGUGAGACAGUGUGCACAAGUGAGAGAAUGUCUGUGGGACUUUUCACGCAUAAUGGUCGUGAUAUUUAACGAGGUUUUUUCCAGCAGUAUGCGAGACAUUUUUUCAAGCAUUCUACAGUGUGAUAGGUAGAAUUAAUAAUGUGUAGUUUACAUCAAGUAUUGUUAUAAUUAACCCAUACUAAAGAUGACAAUUUAGGUGUUGAUGAUUUUGCUGGUCAUCUUCACUGUUAUAGCAGGUAUCACGACAGUAGCGUUCUUGUUACUGUCCAUCACACACCCCCGAAUCAUUCCUACCCCAUAACCUCAGGCUAGCACAGGCUUUAAAUUAGCAUGCAUUUGGAUUUGGAUUUUUCUGUGUUU